GUAGCUUCAUUGCUUUUGUAAGAAGAACUUCCGGGCUGGAGUAUUUAUUCCGUCCCGGUGUUUCUGUACCGCUGGUCUGUGCUGUGUCAGGCGGUUCCGGGGUCCUGGCGGGAGUGCAGGAGGAAGCGCCGCGGCGGUACCGGCGCCAUGCCGAAGUGCAUCGUUUCCCGCUGCCCCAGCUCGUGUUCCAACAAACAGACCAAAUCUACGGGGAUCGUGAUGCACUCGUUCCCCUGCAACCUGGACAGAAUCAAGAACUGGCUGCUGAACAUUGACCAGAACUUUGGGAACAUAGACACGUUCGCCAGUCGGAUCCUGGAGGAAAAGAAGAAGCAUUCGGACCUGUAUCGCCUGUGCUCGGAACACUUCACCCCAGAAAGUUACAUCAACACCGGCAAAAGGAUGAGCCUCCGACCCGACGCCAUUCCCACUGUCUUCAAAGAGCGGCCGCAGAACAGAGGGAUAAAGUGCGGGCCGCCUGUCAGACGCCACAGUAGAAUAACGAACCCGGAGGGGUCCAAAUACGUGGAUGUCGGCACCAACACCGAGCCCGUAGUAGUGACGGAUAUUGGCUUAAUGGGCGCCAACCAGGACGGGUCACCUAAACGCGUGGAUGUCGGCACCAACACCGAGACGGUUGUGAUGAAGGAUAUCAGCACCCGCACCGAUAUCUAUCAUUCCGUGAAGCACCGCGGCACGCACACCGACCCGUUCUGGGGCAAGAAAAAUGUCAGAACCAAAACCGAUCCACUUUUUGGCAAGAAAAAUGCCAGUACCAGCACAGAACCCGCCGCUAACGGCCUUCAACCCCAAGGUGAAAUUGGUUUUUCAAAACCGGCAAAGCGCAAGCGUCUGGGCGCGGACGCGGCGUCUCGUUAUUCGCUGCUGUCAGACGAGGCGGAGCCUGGGGUAAAGCAAACGCCUUCAAAGCGCAGAUACAGAAGCACUAAAAACCCAAAUUAUAUCCCAUUGAGCCGCCCAGUGCUGGAAAGCGACACGUCCGACAGCAGCAGCGCCACCUCCGAGGACGAUUCCGCGGGGAACGCGGACGAAGCGAGCGCGGAUCAGGCGGACAUCUUGGUCCACGAGAGCAAGUACAUUGUGUUCGAGUCGUGCCUGGACGAGCUGCUGCUGAAAAUGAACUGUAGCUGCGGCCGACCAAUCGCAGAGCUCAUCAAAAGCGUUCAGGGGACCUUCCUGUCCGUGUCGGGGCGCUGCGAGGCCGGCCAUGUCCGCCAUAUGUGGGACAGCCAGCCCAAAAACGGAGGGACCCCCGCCGGAAACAUCUUGUGUUCCGCCGCCAUUUUAUUCAGCGGCAGCCGCUUCCACCAAGUCGACGAACUGUUCCGAUUCAUGGGGCUGCAGUUCAUCGCUCAGUACGCUUACUACCAAUACGAGAAGCGAUUCCUCUUCCCCGUUCUGGAACGUUCCUGGCAAAGUGAGCGCCGGGCGCUGAGGCAAAGCCUGGCGAGGAAAUCCGUCUGCCUGAGCGGCGAUGGGCGGGCGAGCAGCAGGCCGGGCAGCAAGUACUGCGCCUACGCCUUCCUGGAGGCCACCGGCAAAAAAAUAGUCGACUUCAGCAUCGUGAAGAAAACGGAAAAGCAGUCGAUAUCCGCCGCGAAGAGACACGCCUUCGAGACCUGUCUGAACAGCGUGUUGGCGGAGAAGCUGAACGUGGAGGUGGUCGCCACGGAGCGGCACGAGGGGAUACGGAGGUUAACGUGCGAGGAGUUCUCCCCUAUUAGCCACGAGUAUGACGCCUGGCAUUACGGCAGAGCCAUACGGAGGAAACUCCUCGCAGCCAGUAGGAAGAGAAGCUGCGGCGACAUCGCUGCCUGGACGCCGGCCGUUAUUAACCACCUGUGGUACGCGGCCAAGUGCAGCGCCGGGGACGGGGAUUUACUCCGAGAGAAAUGGCGGUCCAUCCUGCGCCACGUCAGGAACGAGCAUCAGUGGACUAACGGACUCUCCGCCCAUUCCUGCGGCCACCGGAGACUUAACCUCUUAGAGUCCAAGCAGCGCCGCUGGCUAAAGGUCGACUCCCGCGCGUAUCAGCAACUGAAGAAAAUCGUCACGGACCCCUUGGUUCUGGGGGACCUGACCCACCUCAGUUCUCUCAGCCACACGGAUCAGAUCGAGGUUUUCCACAGUUUCAUGUUAAAGUAUCAGCCCAGAAGGGCCCACGUGAGCCUGGAGGCCAUGGAGGCAAGUACCAAACUAGCGGCGCUGGCCCACAAUGCCAACGUCCACCGGCACCAGUCCGUGGCUAGAAUUCCGGGUCGGAAUAUAGGCUUCCAUUCCAAAACCAGGAAACCUUGGACUACCAAGAGGAUAUACGAUCCGGAAUCCUCGGCACAUUUGUUCCCCGUGUUAGUGAGCGCUCUGAAACUGGCCAAUGGGGAGCCGAGCCACAGCUGGGGGGCACGUGAAACGCGGAAAAACCGAUAAGGCCUCCUCCUAUCACGUUAGGGGUCUUUGUUUACAGUUAUAAACUCUCUGGGACGUUCCUCUUUGUUGCCCCCGUGCCUCUGCUUUGGGGUCCUUGUUGCCACUAGGGGGCGAUGUGACCAAGAACAGACCAGGGUGUUUAGUUGGGGGGCUCGCCAUGGAGAAUCUGGGGGUGCUCGCUACUAAGGAACAUUGCCACAGGAGUCCAGGUUUAAAUGUGGGAUCAAAAGGAUCUUUAAAAAUGACUCCUCACAUAAUCAGUGGUAGCCAAUCACAGCUCUGCCUUCACACAGGGAAUGAUGUACUGCAGUUCCCUGUCAGGUCCAGUGGCCGCCACCCUACCAGGCUGAGAGAUGCUGAUAUAUUAUUUGCCCUUUAAGAGAAAACGACAAUGCUGAGCUGAGAGCUAUAGUACAACAACACUUUGGCCAAUUAGCUCUGCUCUAUGUGGGGGGGUUUCCUUCUGCUUCCCACGUCACUUUCUUACCUUUUCCUAUUGGCCUUUUUCUUUUAUUAUCCCAUUUUCUUUUACUGCACUCCUGCCCCAGCAACAGACCUGCCCUACUGCCCCGGGGGGGGGGGGCAAAUCAGGCCUCUUCCCAUUUGCUAUUUAUGGAUUCACUUUGGGGGCUUGGUGGGCACAGGGUUGGGGGGCAGAAGCUGCACUGACUGAGUCUACAAUGUGUUUUCUUUGACCCCUUCACAGGUUGGGUGGAAGUAAUAGCCCAUUAAAGGGUAAGUAAACCCUCACAUAUGGCCAUAUGUUAUAUCCUGCACUUACUGCACCAACAUAAAGGCCCAGCGUCUCUAUAGUAAUAAUGAUCCCGGCCUUCCCAGUUGUCACAGGAGCCCCCAGUCUUAGGGGCAUAUUUAUUACAAUGUGUAAGCCAGGGGAUGUUGCCCAUAGCAACCAAUCAGCAAUUAAAUUUGAACACUCACCUAAAAGCUAGAAACGAAAGCAAAGUCCUGAUUGGUUGCUAUGGGCAACAUCCCCGGUGAUGCUGGCUUACACAUUGUAAUAAAUAUGCCUUAGUGGGAGUGUCUGUGGGUAAGUGACUGAGGGGCACAGCGAUGGGAGGAGAACGGCGACUUAUGGUACCGAAUGGUCUCACUGUUAUGUUUUUAGUACAUUGUUAUUGUCUUCCUUAAUGUUUUUUAUAAAAUGUAUAAAAAUCUUUUAAAAAAUCAAUAUAUUAUUUGUGUUCUGUCACCUACA